CAGGCGUGGGCGGGCGGGCUGUACCUGGCCCGGAGCUGCAGGUACGUAGGUGGCGGGACGGGCCGAAGCUCAGAGUGGGGUCGCCACGUUGUUGGGCCAAAGGCCUGCGAGGGAGGCGCAGGUUCCAGCGCCGGUUUCAGCGAUCGGGACUGGUUAGAAGAGGAGUCAUGUCAGAAGAAACAGUAAGCGAAUCACAGUUUUCCUUGAAGACAGUGGCACUAAGAGUGUUUGAUCUUCCUCUGUCUUGGUACUAUUCUCUCUCCCAGAUCAAAUUUUCACCAGUAGCUAAAAAGUUGUUUGUGGUAACAGCAGUGAGUGCUAUAUCUGUAAUUUUUCUGGCCCAUCACUUUAAAAGAAAACGUGGAAAAAAGAAAGGAAAACCAUUACCAUGGGAACCAGAGAACCUCAUCCUUGAAUACGCUAAAAGAGCAGCUUCAGACAAAGGUUCAAGUUGUUCCAGUAGUAGACAAAAUUUGACAUUAUCUUUAAGUUCAAACAAAGACAAAGGAUCUCAGUCUUUUAACUAUGCUAAUGGAGGACUUUUCAGUAAAUACUCAGGUUCUGCACAGAGUUUGGCCUCUGUCCAGAGUGUCAAUUCUUGUCAUAGCUGUGCUUGUGGCAAUUCUAAUUCCUGGGACAAAGCUGAUGAAGAUGAUAUUAAACUUGUUAAUAUUCCUGUGACCACUCCUGAGAACUUAUAUCUAAUGGGUAUGGAAUUGUUUGAAGAGGCCUUGCGUCGAUGGGAACAAGCUCUAACCUUUCGCAAUAGACAGGCUGAAGAUGAAGCCUGCAGUUCCAUUAAACUGGGUGCAGGAGAUGCCAUUGCUGAAGAAAGUGUAGAUGAUAUUAUUAGUUCUGAAUUUAUUCAUAAACUUGAAGCUCUGCUGCAAAGAGCAUAUCGUCUCCAAGAGGAGUUUGAAGCUACCCUUGGGGCACCUGAUCCUAAUUCCCUUGCAAAUGAUAUUGAUAAAGAUACAGAUAUUACCAUGAAGGGGAACGUGGAUGACUUUGGCCUGCGAGACACCUUAAGCGUCGCAUCAACGGAUUCCUUUGCUUCAGCGACAGAGCUUGCGGAGCACAGAGAAGUGCGGCAUACCUACAGCCUGGAGUCUCUUUGUCACUGCCCUUUUUACGAAGAAGCCAUGCAUUUAGUGGAAGAAGGAAAAAUUUACUCAAGAGUACUGAGAACUGAAAUGUUGGAGUGCCUAGGAGACAGUGAUUUUCUUGCCAAACUUCACUGUAUUCGACAGGCUUUUCAGGUAAUUCUUUCAGAAACAGCCAACAGGAUAUUCCUUGCUGAGAGUGGAAGGAAAAUUUUAUCAGCUUUAAUUGUGAAAGCACGAAAGAAUCCAAAGAAGUUUGAAGAUGUUUUUGAUGAAAUGAUCUAUUUUUUAGAGCAGACUGAUCACUGGGAUAGUACUGAAAUGGAACUUGCUGCUAGAGGGGUGAAAAAUCUAAAUUUUUAUGAUGUUGUUCUGGAUUUUAUAUUAAUGGAUUCCUUUGAAGAUUUAGAAAACCCACCCACAUCCAUACAGAAUGUAGUAAAUAAUCGAUGGCUAAACUCUUCCUUCAAAGAAACGGCUGUAGCUUCAAGUUGUUGGUCAGUGCUGAAACAGAAAAGGCAACAGAUGAAGAUCCCAGAUGGAUUUUUUGCCCAUUUUUAUGCCAUUUGUGAACACAUCAGCCCAGUCCUUGCCUGGGGCUUUCUGGGUCCUAGAAAUUCUCUCUAUGAUUUAUGUUGCUUCUUUAAGAAUCAAGUUCUUUUCUUUCUCAAAGACAUUUUUGACUUCGAGAAGGUGCGCUAUUCAAGUAUAGAGACUUUGGCUGAAGACCUCAUGCAGUUACUCAUUCGCCGCACUGAACUUUUAAUGGCCUAUCUUGGAGCAGAUGCCCUGAGGCAUACAAGUAGUUGUAUAGGUAGUCAUGGUCAUGUUAUGUCCAGUGGGCUGUUGGAAGCCAAAGUGCAAUAAGUAUCGAGAGAAUCGUACAAUUUGAGUAUGCUAUGAAAUAUUUUAAGAUAACUAUUGAUUUUGUAUAUAUUACAAAAUCAACAGAAUUGGUGGGUGUGGACUCAGGGAGGAAAAAAAAUCUAGUAAAAAAUGAGUGACUGUACUGUACUUAUACAGAAGUUAGUCUGUCUUUGAAUCUCUGUAUGGUGUAUCCAGAGUGGCUUUUUACAAUCUUUAGGUAAUAAUUUAAUUUGUGAAAUGUUGUGAUUUUGCAGGAAUAUUGCUUGACUUGAACCCAGUACUUGGGAGUUAAUUAAUUUGUUGUCUUGAAGCUGUCUGAAACGUUCAGUGUCAUUCUCAAAAGCUGUUUUUAUGCUUUGCACCUUGAAAAUACACACGUUAGCCAAGACCUUUGUGGUCCACAACAUGCAAGAAUAUAUUACUCCUAGUGUCAACAUAUUUAACUUUGCCUGAAAAUAUAUUUUUAAUUAUAAAGUUAUUCACUUGUUUAUCAAGUUUAGGCAGUAAUGGUGUUUAAUAUGUACUGGUUACAUUAUUGCUUGUGCAUUUGCUUACGUAUUUGAAUCAAAAACAUUGUAAUCACUGAGUAUUGUUACAAAACAUUUAAAUGAAUUGAAUUGAGAAGUUUACAGUUUAUAACUUUAAACUAUUAUAGUUUGGAAACUAUAAUAAUUAUAGUUUCCAAAAUAUAUUACUGUUGGUCCUAUAAGUUAUAAUAGAGACUGAAGAACUUUCUUUUAUCUUUUUAUAAAUUAGAGCAUUUUUCCCUUGAAUGAAUCCUGAUUUAAAAGAUAACAUUUAUUAACUAAGAAAAGCAUUUAAGAAUUUACCUUUCUUAUGUGUAAUUUUGAGACUUUCUUCCAACAUCUGAAGGUAUUAAAUUUGGUACAGUAAAAUAAUUUCUUUCUCUUUCUACAAAACUGGCUUUUAGUUUUUCCUCCAGAGAACUCAGCAUACUAAGAAUUUGUCAUAGUCUCAUAUUUUAAAAAUAUUUAUACUUUGAAUCUUAGUGAGGUUUUGCAGAAGGGUUUUUUCCUCCUCUGAAUAUAGAACAAAAAUAUUUUUAAUGAUGUGGAAGUAUAUUUUAUGUCUGUUACGAUAAAUACAUGAACAAAUGGGUGGUUGUUGUGAGUAAAGUUUUUCUAUAGAGUAUAAUGUAGUUUCAGAGUUGCAUUAAUUUUGUUCCUGAAUCCAUAUACGACUUAUUUGGAGUGGCUGAUUGGGUAUAUCAAUGGAUAGAUUUGUUGAUUUUGCUUCUAAAGUGUGCUUUAUUCAUUUUAGGAGUGAGUUACACAGAAGGACCUAAAAUGCAUUUUUUACAAGUGCAUUUUUAGAUUAAAGUGCCUAGUUUCUGAUUAAUGAAUAGAAAAUGAAGUGUGAAAAAAAACCAUAAUCUUUUAAGAUUUUAAAUUUAUGUAUGUGCCACAUUUAUGUAAAUUAAUUACAAAAUAGGAAAUUCAGAAUCUUUAUGCUAUUUUGCAUGUACUGUGUAGGUUAUAGCAUUAAACAUACAACAUAUUGCUAUAACUGCUUUUGAGUAUGUAGCUCCUUGACUUUUCUUACAUAGAUUCUUAAUAAUUACCUACUCAUAAUUCUUGUUAUUGAUGGAGGAGUAUGAUUAGAAGUAUAAAAACUAAAAAUUCCAUUAUAUAUUGUUUUACUUUUUAUUUAAUAUCAUGGGUUUUUCCCUUGUAAUUGAGGUAUCACUGGCCUUGAAUGAAGCCACACACACACAUAUGUGUGCGUGCAUACAAAUUCCCAUUACCAUGUAGGGAAGACAGUUAUUGCUUAUAUUAAUUUACCCAUUUGAAGGCUAAAUGUUUUAAGCUGUGGUUUUAUAGGCAAAGGUAUAAGUAAACUUAAUUACUUUUUUGAGAAGGAUAUUGUUUGAAAUCAAUUUUGAAGAAUUGCACUAUUUAAUAAUGCUGCUACAACAUAUAACUCUAGGAAUUUAUUUUAUCAGAUAUGAUGAAUGACUUUCUAGAAGGUGUCUUUUUUUCUCUUCUACAUUUCAUCUUUUUAAAAAAAAGUUGCUCAUAUUGAGGAGGUUGGCUUGUAAAUGCAGUGCUUGAGUUUGAUUAGUUUCGGGUCUGUUCAAUAGCUACUAGUUUAGCAAGAUGCUUUCUUUGUGGCCUUUCACAAAAGGGAAAAGAGUGACCAAAUAGAAUUUCAGGGCAAUAAGUAUAGGAAAAACCUCUCUAUUGUAAGAGAAGAAACUUGAACUUUUAAAGGAAACAUCUUCCGAAAAAGAACGUUUCUGACUGCAGAAGGGUACUUAAGACAUACAUACCAGUUUCCAUUUGCCUUAAAAUUGGGUUAAAUAGCAAAAGCAAUGUUUUAAAAAAUAAAAAAUGAUUAAACUAGUUUAGAGUCUUUUAGGAUAAAACCCUGUUUAACACUUACUAAUGGUAGUAUAAUCAUAAAAUUGCCAUUGCUCCCAUGAGCCCUACCAUCCACUUCCAUAUGUAAGUUAUAAGAGGGGCUUGAAUUAGUCCUGAGAAAAUGUUUUUUUUUCCCUCCUCUUUCCUGGAAGAAAAAAGAUAAAUGUUCAGGUGAUUUAUAUUUGAUAUUUCUUUUUUGUAUUUUGGUUUCUCUAUAUUUUUAUUCAACUAAAAGGGUAAUGAUUUCUUCUUAAAAGUUAACAAUAUGUUUAUUAAAUGUCAAAUGGCAUUAUUUUUUUAAAAAGAAGUUGUUUUCCAUACUGUUACAGUAAGCUCCAAAGAACUUUCUUUCUCUUUCUCAUCAAGUAAUAUUCGUUAUUUACAUUUAUUUACUAUGAUUCUAUUAAUUUGUCAAAUUAACUGACUUUAUAAAAGUAUUUACAAAUGUUUUCUUGCCUUAAGAUGUCACAUUUUCUAGGUAAAUAAUUUCCAAAAGAGUGGUUAUUUGCAUGACAAAAGAAUUCUUCCUUCAUUUGUCAUUCUUUUAAGCCUAGAAAAUAGGAAUGCCAAAGUAACAUUUAGUGUACUUCUCUGUGACCUUUUAUAAUCAGAAAUUUUAAAUUAUGUGUAUAACCCAUUUGGUUUUAUUUUAAUGUGAACAUGUAUUCAGAAAUUAUUUGAUGUAAAUUUCAAAGUGAUUAUAAGAAUUAGGCUGAAUUCAAAUCUUUUGGUUUUUUGCUUGGAUUAAUCAGAUUAAGAAAUAUGUAUGUGAGAAUUAAGAAUUUAUAUACUCUGUGAUUAAUGGAAAUAAGGACAUCUUUACUUUGUUCCUAGUGAUUAUAUUACGUUAUUGUUUUGUUUAGUUUCAGAACAACCAUGUAUUAGCUUCACUUGGCUGAUAUCAGUAAAUGUUUCUAUUUCCUAAAUGUAAGAACUGCACUCAUUACUUUGUAGAAAAGUAAAACACUACAGUAGCAGAAAAAAAUAGCACUGUAACAUGGAUAUAUUUCUAUUACUGCCAAAUAAAAAAGUGAUGGUA